AUGGACGAUUACCCUCAGUCGUUCGGGUUCGACGCGGGGGACAUAGGGAGGGAGAGAGAGGACUCGGGCGCGGGCGCGAGCGCGAGCGCGGCGGCGGCGACGACGUACGUCGCGGAGAGCGACGACGUCGCGUUGAUGACCGUGGAGAGGGACCAGUUCGCGGCGGCUGUGCUGGGCGGCGCGACGACGGCGGCGCUGCGGGAUUUUUUCGGCGACGACGACGACGACGACGACGACGACGACGGCGACGGUUCGUCUUCCGGGGCGCACAGAAGGCGAAUCGACGCGCGACGACGACGGUCGUCCGUCGGCGGCGGCGGAUCGAAUCCGCGUCGGUUCGAAUCCGCGGAGGCGGCGGCGAACCGCGACGCGGACAAGCGCACCCCUCAGUCCGCGCUCGUGAGCGCCGGCGUCGUCGACGCGACGCUGCACAGCGCGAUGGGGAAUCAUCCGACGCACCGAGGGAUUCAGCUCGCGUCGCUGCGCGUGCUUCGACGCGUCGCGUCGCCGCCGUGCGGGGAGACGACGCGGCGAGAGAUGGGCGCGCUGGGGGCGUUGGAUCGCGUCGCGGCGACCGCGAGGGUGUUCGGGUUCGACGCGGGCGCGGGCGGCGGCGGAGAGACGGAGGAGGGAGAGAAGGGCGGCGGCGGCGGCGGCGACGACGACGACGACGACGCGAAGGUUCGAAAGGAGGCGGCGCGCGCGAUGCGAGCGCUCGUGGAGGGCUGCGAACAGAACAUGCGGCACGCGCUGAGUCUCGGGUGCGGCGACAUGGUGUGGUGA